CCCACGCACAAAAUCUGCACUCUCUCUAAACAGACACAUCAAUGGAAGGACUGGUGAAGGGUUUGAUUAACAUAGCAUUGGGCAACGACGAAGGGGACGGAGGCGAUCGCCGCAGUUCCGACGAUCGCGACGACGAACGAUCCAGAUCCACUUGAGCGCAGGUGGUGUCAGGGGAGCAGGAUGAAGACGAGAUCAACGGCGAUCGCAGACAUGGUUAUCGAAGAGAGGGUGAUUCUGGCCAGCACCGUGAAAGAUAUGAAGACAGCAGGCAGAAGAAUAAUGUCAACCCUCAUGAAGGAUAUGAAGAGAGAGUGCAGAAUUGUUAUGGUCAAAUCCAUAUGAAUGAAAAGGUUGACCAGGCAAAUGGUGAGGGCUGGGAAAAUGUUCACAAGAAGACUUCAAAGAGACAACAAAAGGUACAUAUGGAUCACUGGGACAAUUACAAGAAACCUGCUAGUGAGCAAGACUACUCCAAUGAGGUUGAGUAUGGUGCUGACCUGGAUCCCUUGGGAGAAGAGCUUGCCAACCUAUCAAAAGCUUGUAACAAACUCUGGGAACUCGAUGUAAAUCGUUUGGUUCCAGGAAAGGAUUACCAGAUUGAUGUUGGCGAAGGAAAGAAGGUGCACCAAAGGGAGGAUAUGGCAGAUGGAAGCUUGUUUUCCUGGCUUAGUGAAGAUGCUCUGCAGAAGCCUACUUUUUCUUGAUUUUGUUCUCUUUUAGAUAACUACAAUCCGCACGAGGGAUAUAAAGAAGUUGUAACAGCUCAAGAACAGCAAGAGCAGUUGGCAUUUGUCGAAGAGAUCAGUAGAACUGCCCCUAUAAAAUAUUUACACAAGUAUCUGUCUGCAAAAGGUGUGGUUUCUGAAAGUUUUCAGGAGUUCAAGAGAAGGUUGACGAGCCUCUGGUUUGACCUUUAUGGCCGAGGUGGUACAUCUGGCUCUUCUUCCGCUUUCGAACAUGUUUUUGUUGGAGAAAUUAAGGAGCGUGGAGGGGGAGAAGUUUCUGGUUUCCAUAAUUGGCUUCAGUUUUAUCUGGAAGAAGCAAAGGGCAAUGUAGAUUAUCAAGGAUACAUUUUUCCUCGAAGACGAGGACAAAUUCCCGACUCGGAGACUCAGCUCUUGACAGUUCAGUUCGAAUGGAACGGCGUACUGAAAUCGGUGUCGAGCACUUUGGUGGGAGUGAGCCCAGAGUUUGAACUCGCGCUCUAUACUCUGUGUUUCUUUGUGGGAGGGGAAGACAACCACGUUGAGAUCGGUCCGUACUUAACAUCAAGUGCUAUCGCAUGGGAGACAAAAUUGGGUCUGCUUUCCCAAUGGCAGAGUGAUGAAAAGUGAGGUAAACAAAAAGACAUUCUUUCAGUGUGUAAACAUAGUGUGAAUGUUUUUUUUAUAUGAAAAAAACAUAGUGUGAAUGAAAAACACGACACAUUAUUUUAGGGUGGAAUCCUUCCAGUUUCAGACAUGUAAUUCAAGAUUGUUUUUUUUUAACUUCUUUUUUCUCCUUGUACCCCACCUUUUGUACCCCAUUUUGUACACUGCAGGUUUGCACCAACAUUUUGUAUUGGUGUAAAACUAAUUUUUGUUAACGCACCAACACUUUGUGUCCGUGUAAGUUUUUGUUAACGCACCAACAUUUGUGUCAGUGUAAACCAUCAAAAUGUUUGUGUAUAACUGCGGUGUACACAUGGGGUAUAGUUUUUGGUGUAAAUGUAGCAUGGUCCAUACAU